AUGACCGCUAUCACGAUAACAUCAACAGAGAUUCUCGACCAAGUACCAAUCGGUACACUGAAAUUGAACGGUCAGCCUAAAGAUAAAGUGGCCAAAGCUCAAGAUGACGAACACGAUAGUGGUCAUUCGACCGAAGAGGAUGAUGAGGUUGUUGUAGUCGAUCCGUACAAUUAUGUUGGAGAGACAUUCGGUUCUGGACCAGGAGAAAAUUACCCUUAUGCUGAAUUCCUUCCUCAUAAUCCCGACCGAACCGAAUCCGAUCCCCCCUUACCUCACUUCGAUAUCCAAGAUAGAGGAUUGAAAGCCCAUCCCAAUGCAGCAAGAUUGAGAGCGUUCGUAGAGGCCCGAGGAGGAAAAGUCAGAGAUCAAUUGGUCGCUGUCGGAACUGUUAUUGAAGGUGAUAUCAAGUUGGAAGAACUGGGUGAGGAGGAGAAAGAUGAUUUAGCCCUUCUGGUUGCUCAACGAGGAGUCGUUUUCUUCCGAAACCAACACUCCCUCACGAUCGAAGCUCAGAGGGAUCUUGGUAAACAUUUCGGACCAUUGCACAAACACGCUACGUACGCUACUCCAAAAAGAGGAGAUUUGGAUGAUGUAGUUGUCGUCUACGCCGAUCACAAUUCUCGACCUGAUCUUUAUGCUUUCUCUCGAGCGGAGCUCUUCCAUUCUGAUGUCACAUACGAAGUACAACCUCCUGGAACUACCAUCUUGAGAUUGUUGACUACUCCUGAAGUCGGUAAUGAUACUUUGUGGUCAUCUGGUUAUACUGUCUACUCAUCUCUUUCCAAACCAAUGCAAAAAUACCUUGAAUCCCUCUCAGCAAUUCACUCAGGAUACGAUCAAGCUGCUUCUCGAACUGGUAUUACCAAAAUACCCAGACGUCAACCUAUCGAGACAAUCCAUCCGGUAGUCAGAGUUCACCCUGUAACUGGGAUCAAAUCCGUCUUCGUCAAUCCUGGAUUCGUCACGAGACUGGUGGGCGUACCCAAAGCUGAAAGCGAUAUGAUCUUGAACUUCUUGAAGGAUCAGUUCGCCCAGCAGACGGAUGCUACCGUUCGAUGGAGCUGGAAAUCUGGUGAUGUAGCUAUCUGGGACAACAGGAUCGUCAAUCAUUCAGCUACUUUCGAUGCUUACCCAUCCCUCCGACAUGGUCUUAGAGUAACUCCCCACGCCGAAACUCCAAUCUCAGUGGAAGAGUACGAAUCUACCACUGGUCAAAAGGCUAAAGACUGGUUGGAAGAGAGACAUAGAUCUUUGGGUAUCAAACCUCUCGCAAGGGAUGAUGGCAAGACCAAGAAGAGGGCUUUCCGGGAUUAA